AUGAGUACCGACCCGGACGUUACCAAGAGUCUUGCGAGAGGUGGAUUAGCACCCAAGGACAUUGACUAUGUGAUCUACUCGCAUGUACAUUGGGAUCAUAUUGGUGAACCUCGAGAUUUCUCCACAUCGACCUUUGUCGUCGGCCAUGGCUCACUUGCUUUGCUACGUGGCACUUCACCGUCUCUGCGCGGUGGUCAUUCCUUUUUCGAACAUGAUCUCUUGCCAGAGGAGCGGACGAUUGAACUAUCAGAACCUUCGGCACGCAUGUUGAAAAAGCACGAUUCAUGCAUGGCAGCAGGGGACAUCAACUUCGGAGGCUCCUGGCAGCCACAUGGAAACCUUCCUCAGGUUCUGGAUCUCUUCGGAGAUGGUUCACUUCUUGUCGUCAAUGCACCCGGUCAUCUGCCAGGCCAUAUCAAUCUUCUCGCACGAACUUCCCCUGAUCAUCAAAUCUACAUGGGUGGUGAUGCCUGCCACGAUAGACGACUCCUGACUGGCGAAAAAACAAUUGGAGAAUGGAACGAUGCUCAUGGACAUGUCUGUUGUAUACACGCCGACAGAAAGCAAGCUGAGAUUACGAUUGAAAGGAUCAGAACUCUGGAAAAAGAGGGCGUGGAAGUCAUCUUUGCACACGACAUCGAGUGGGAAAGCGACCCGAAGAAUAAGACCCGAUUUUUCGGCACGCAGGAAGGCAUGGAUGACUAG